UCAUUGUUUGUAUUUGUUGUUGUGAUCCUUUUCAUUGGUGCAGCAUUAUUACUAACAAUUAUAAUCACAUGGAUUUGUCAAUGUUGCACAAGGCAAGAUAAAAAUGUGAAAUCAAGACGACGUGUACGUCAACUCUCACUCGUAUUAUUCAUUAUUAGCAUUAUAUGCUUCUUUUGCCUUGGAAUAUGUUUAUUUGGAAAUGAACAUUUGAAUCGCAGCAUAAUGAAUUCAAUUAUUAGCGCUGAAGAUAUCUCACGAAAUUUAUUAUUUGCUGAUUCACAGUCAAUUUUGUUGAACGACUAUUGUUUGAAAACCAUUAAGCAAGUCGAUACAUUAUCGGCAGCUGUGGAAAGUGCAGCAGAAAAAACGACAGACUUAAAUAAAACGGCUUUACAUGAAUUUAUGAUUAUGCUAGAUUCUAUGUCGCAAAAAGUUGAUUUAUUGGGUAUCGAUUUGGCAUUUCUCAGGAAAGUAUUAUCGGGAAAUUUGUUUCUUGAGCGUAGUUCACUCUAUACCCAACGAAUUGAGUUAGAAAGAUGGGUUUUGUGUGCAACUUUACUUUCGAUUAUGCUUGUCGUACUAUUUGCCGGUGUCAUUGCAUUUUGUCGUCAAUCGAGAAAAGGCGCAGUGGUAUUUUCAGGCCUUGGCUUUGCGAUUUUUAUUGUUGGAUGGCUAUUGCUAGCUGCCAUAUUUCCAGCUUCUACGGCAUUAGUAGACUUUUGCGCAGAUGGUACUCAAUUCAUCCGGGAAUAUAUGUCAAAUGAAACUAUGGCGUUGUUUGAUUUUUACCGAAAAUGUAAUCCGGCAAUCAGUCAUGACAAUUUGCCAAAUGUGAUCCAUGUUGACAAAAUUAGUAAACAGCUUUCGGAUAUACGAGAAAUGAGCGAAAAUUUUGAUUCCAGAAUUGAAGCUCUAUUCAACAGUAGCAUUCAACAGCAGCAGUUCUUUGACCAGGUCAAGAUAAUUAAUGAUGAUAUGACACUUGCAUUAAAAAACAUUGGCGCCCUUGAAACAACCGUUGGAUGUUAUACUUAUCACAACGAUAUGUUAAUUAUGGAGCGCAGUUUUUGUAUUGAUGGAAUUAUUGGAUCGUCCAUUUUGUUGUAUUGUUUGGUUUUACUUGAAGCAUUUUUAUUCACACUUCUACUCAUCGUAUCCAAAAGUUGGCAUUUAUUCGCUCCAUUGCCAUCAGAUUACGUAGAAGUGGAUGAGGAAGAUCCAUUUUUUCCACGAGGAAAUGAUAGCACCAUUCCAGUAGACAUUUACGGGAGUCACGUGUUAAAUCCACGCACACGUUUCGCUAACUCGUUAGACCGUACAGAACAAUCGACUGGAACAACAAGUGCAACAUGCGGUCUUGCAAAUGGUUCCAUUAAUAAUCAUGCAUCUGCUUCGACAGCACUACUAAAUUCGAACGCUGAAUCAUCAACACCUCCGUGGCAUCGUGGAUUAGCAUCACAACCUACGACAUCAUCAUCCGCUAAUGCACCGCCUGCGGUAGGAUCGAGCAGUAUGAUGCAUGCGGCAUAUCGAGCAAACGUCGAUGAAGCAACAUUCCAACGUCGUAACUAUCAAGAACAUUUCGAUGUUUAG